AAGCAACCUCCAUCGUCACCACCCAAAACCAAAGUCUUUCUUUCCUUCGCCUUUCUCUCUCAUCGAACCAUUUCUUUCUCGCAGUUGCACCGAUCAGUUGCAAUAUAUAUUUUUCUCUGCUUCUCCCGCAACCACCUAACCACUCACUUGCCACCAAACUCGACUCGUUACCCUGCUCGUUGAAGUCUUCUUUCCCUCCUCUUAUCACCAGGGAGAGGAGGGGGCGGUGGCUGAUCGGCUCGCGGCAAUGGCUGGGCGCGUGACGUGGCUCGCCGGCCUUGUGGCCUUGCCCUUCUUGAUCGUGGCUGUGAGCGGCCGGUUCGUGGUGGAGAAGAGCAGCGUGAGGGUGCUCGCGCCGGAGCACAUCCGGGGCCACCACGACGCGGCCAUCGGUAACUUCGGCGUGCCCGACUACGGCGGCACGCUCACCGGCGUCGUACUCUACCCCGACAAGAAGGCCACCGGCUGCGUCGAGUUCGACAACAAGUUCAAGUCCAAGUCCCGCCGGCCGGUCAUCCUCCUGCUUGACCGUGGAGAAUGCUACUUCGCGCUCAAGUCGUGGAACGCGCAGCGCGCGGGCGCGGCGGCCGUGCUGAUCGCGGACAACGUCGACGAGAAGCUGCUGACCAUGGACAGCCCCGAGGCGUCGCCGGGCACCGAGUACAUCGACAAGAUCAACAUCCCGUCGGCGCUCGUCAACCGCGCCUUCGGCGAGUCCCUCAAGAAGAUGGCCCAGAAGGUGGCGGGCGACGGCGGGCAGGAGGAGGUGAUCGUGAAGCUGGACUGGCGCGAGUCGAUGCCGCACCCGGACGAGCGCGUGGAGUACGAGCUGUGGACCAACAGCAACGACGAGUGCGGGGCACGGUGCGACGAGCAGAUGGCGUUCGUGCGCGGGUUCCGCGGCCACGCGCAGCUCCUGGAGCGCGGUGGGUACGUGCGCUUCACGCCGCACUACAUCACCUGGUACUGCCCUGAGGCGUUCCGGCUCACGCAGCAGUGCAAGUCCCAGUGCAUCAACCACGGCAGGUACUGCGCGCCGGACCCGGAGCAGGACUUCGGGGCGGGGUACGAGGGGAAGGACGUCGUGGUGGAGAACCUGCGGCAGCUGUGCGUGCACCGCGUUGCCAACGAGAGCGGGCACCCGUGGACGUGGUGGGACUACGUCAUGGACUACAAGAUCCGCUGCUCCAUGAAGGAGAAGAAGUACAGCAAGGCAUGCGCCGAGGACGUCGUCACCGCGCUCGGGUUGCCUCUCGACAAGGUGCUGGAGUGCAUGGGCGAUCCCGAGGCCGACGCCGACAAUGCCGUCUUGUCCAAGGAGCAAGUAGACCAGAUCGGUAGCGGGUCGCGAGGAGAUGUGACCAUCUUGCCUACCCUGGUCAUCAACAACGUUCAGUACAGAGGGAAACUGGAGCGGACGGCGGUGCUGAAGGCCGUGUGCGCCGGCUUCAAGGAGGGGACCGAGCCCCGUGUCUGCCUGAGCCCUGACAUCGAGACGAACGAGUGCCUGCGCAGGAACGGCGGGUGCUGGCGAGACGAGGCCACGAACGUGACCGCCUGCCGGGAUACGUACAGGGGCCGGGUGUGCGAGUGCCCCGUGGUGAACGGCGUCCGCUACGAGGGCGACGGCUACACCGGCUGCAAAGCGGUUGGGCCGGGCAGGUGCGCUCUGAACAACGGCGGGUGCUGGUCGGAGACGAGAGGGCACCUGACCUUCUCCGCGUGCUCGGAUACCGCAUUGACCGGAUGCCGGUGCCCGCCAGGGUUCCAUGGCGAUGGCCACAAAUGCGAAGAUCUGGACGAGUGCAGGGAGAAGCUGGCGUGCACCUGCCCCGACUGCCACUGCAAGAACACGUGGGGCAACUACGAGUGCAAGUGCAAGGGCAACCAGCUUUACAUACGAGGAGAGGACGCCUGCAUAGCUAACAACAUGUCAAAGCUCGGCUGGUUCAUCACCAUCUUGGCCGUGUCGUGCGUCGCCGGCGUGGGGAUCGCCGGCUACGUCUUCUACAAGUACAGACUCAGGUCGUACAUGGACUCGGAGAUCAUGUCCAUCAUGUCCCAGUACAUGCCGCUCGACAGCCAGAACAACGAGAACCAGCCUCUUCGGCAGCAUGAUUCAGAAGCUUUGAGGCACUGAAUGGUCGCUGAAACGCCUCAAUUACCGUGUGACGUUUGCAUGGAGAAUUUGGGCAGUGAAGCCUGAUCGAGGUCCCUCCAAAGAUGUGCUAGGCGUUGCAAGGAUCAAGCUGCUAUCAUGGUUUCAACCAUAUUCGACAAAUACUUCGCUGUGAUUUCGAUAUUUUUUUUACUUCACCUCUGUAUUGUAGAAAAGAUAAGUUUGUACCAGGCACAGAAAUGAACUCUAGAGAUUUUAGCUAGGUAGGCAUUUCGGCUCUUGUGGUUCAAGAGACGUUACACACAGGAUUUAGAGAGAGAAAUAUACAAGCUGCUAUACAUGUACAGUAGACAAACCAUUGAGACUACGAUUCUGGUGUGUGAAGGAGCUCCACCAUACGAUUCUGGUGGUUCCAAGAACAGAGCACUCCCUGCAGAUUUAGGGGAAUUCCAUAUGCCUGAACGAAAUAUAUGCCAGUGACUCUCAUUUCAAA